GCCCUUCAUCACAUCUUAUAAAACAUGCACCCUUUCCUUUCAUCUGGAGUCUGUCGUGCAAGUUACUGAGUUACUGAGCUGAUGCCCUUGCAUCAUUGCGUCGCAAACAAAACGUCGAAUUGUGAGCUUACUUGACCUAUUCUGCUUCUGUCUUUCGCCAUCGUCUCAGACUCAAAAGCGUGGGCAAGCGAAUUACGUUCUGCGGUUCCGCCAACUGCACUAAAAUAGACGCUAGCUCCCCGCGUCUUACCUUACUUCAACUCUUCAGUUCCUCUCUUCUGCUUGACCCUGAGCUUCCACUGCAUUUGUUCAGCGACUAACAUGGCGUUGCUUUAAGAAGCUCAAUUACAAAGCACCUCUCAGGCCCGUGGUUUCUCGAAUUGCAACAAGCGAAAGACAUGAUAAGCAACCUAACCUAAACUGCCGAAGCUCAAAACAAAUCCUCGCUUGCAUCGCUGUAGCCUGCAAUAGGUUCUCCUGGAAGACUGGCUGUUGUCACCCACCUAGUCGCUGCCAUUCCUGUGCAUCCACCAACAGGGUCCUGGAUGGAGCCACUAAGUCGCUUUUCAAGCCUCGAUCUACCUGUACGUGGGCCAUAAAACCACUUCAAGUUCGAUCCGCCAAUUUGAACCAUCAAUCCUACCCCAAUUAUCACCGACUCCUCGAACUCAGCAAGUCACUUACCACGAUUGCUUCGCCGCACCUCACGGCCUCCCAAGCAUUUUGCUGGGAUCUACGGGCUUCCCGCCGCUCGAGGUCCCAGGAGCAGGAGUCCAUCCGCUUCGCCGCCGCAAACCGGCCCCGCGCCGACUCGCGCAAUCUGAAGAACGGGAGAUGGACAAGCAACAACAGACUGUGCAGAAGAGCCGGCAGCGCCGCGAAGCCGAGAGAGAACGCAAGCGAGCACUCCGAGCCUGCGACGGCUGCCGACGACAGAAGGAGAAAUGCGACGGUGGUGUACCAUGCCGAAGAUGUACGCGCCUACAUCGCCAAUGCGAGUUCCUAGGUCCGACUGCCAGAGAUGCCGAAGGAGGUGAUGGUGCAUCGAGGAAUCGCUCCGGCCCAGGCAACGCUGAGCUCCUUCAGCGUGCUUCUUAUAUGGAGAAGAUCAUUACCCACUAUGCUGGAAGUGUCUCUCUUGAUACGGAAUCACUGAAGGCUAUGGCCGAGUCCAUCGACAACAAGAAUUUCGACGCUAAUCAAGUUCAACGACAAGCUCCGAUUAUGGAUUCUCCAGGCUCUGACUUUUUGGGAGCAGAAGACGAGAACUAUACUGUCCAGCCACUGGAUAAUAACACUACUCACUACUCAGGCGAGUUCUCUCACUGGAAUUUCUCAAUGAGAAUCAAGCAAUGGAUCGAACAAUGUGUACCAGAGCGCCAUGAUGCACCAGGCCCCCUCAGUUUCAAAGAGUAUUAUCGAGCCGAGGAGCUCCAGUCAGCCAAUAACACGCAGGCAUCACUUUCUGCACUGCCUCCUCGAUAUGUCGCCGAAUUCCUGGUCCAGGCUUUCUAUAAACAUGCCGAAACCAACUACUUCUAUGUUGAGCGUGGGUGGCUCGCUGAACAGAUUGAUCUAAUUUAUCAGAACCCCGGGGCUUUAUCUCGUCGUGAAGUGGGGACGCUCUGCAUGAUUUGGAUCAUCUUUGCGAUUGGAACUCAGUACGCAUAUCUCGAUUCGAUCUCAGGAAGAGAUGCCCAUGGCAAGUCGAACGAUUCAAGCCCUUUCUCCGAGGAUACAAUAGGUGUUAUGUUCUAUCAACAAGCCUGCAAGCUCGUUCCUGAUGUCAUUACUGUUGCAUCACUGGAGAGUGUCCAGGCUAUUCUUCUCAUCGGCAUCUAUACCCUGCCCCUUGAUGCCUCAGGGUUAUCGUACAUUUACCUUAAUCUCGCGGUAAAGCUCGCAAUCCAGAAUGGCAUGCAUAGGAAGUGGCCUGCCGGGGGACUUGAUCCUUACGUUCGCGAAACCCGGAACCGCGUAUGGUGGACAGCUUAUACGACAGAGAAACGAGUUGGUAUCUACCACGGGCGGCCUUUAUCUAUUCUGAGUAAAGAUGUCGACGCAGAGAUGCCCACUGAUCGACCAGACAUAAUGCCAUCGAGCCCUACGAAUGUUGCGCACAUGCUUGCAACGUUACGGUUGAAUCAGGCGCUUGGUAAGAUUGCGCAUGAGAUCUCUGUUCUUCGAACCGCACAGAAACAUGAGAUGAAUGAAGGUUUGCAACGGGUCAUCGAUAUGAAGGAGGAGCUUCGAAGGUGGUGGGACGCACUGCCCGAAACCGCGUUUCACGAAGAAGUCAAUCCUCAAAACCCUAUUACACGAGCAGAUACGCAUCUCAAACUAGAGUAUUGCCUGCUGCGAAUGUACGCUGGGCGGCCCUUCAUCUUACCUCGCGAAGUCGUGCGUGGUAACGCGAGCACGUCGAGUUCACCCGCUGAUUCAAACAACCAAAGACCCAACACACCUCAUAAGUCCAAUCCUCGGUCGAUCCUGGUUGCUGACUGCGUGGAGGCUGCAUUGACCAUAAUCGACACAUGCCAUCUUCUUCAAAGCACGAUUGGUCUUGCACGGGCAUCAUACACGGAAUUCAGCUCCUGUCGUGCUGCUCUCCUGGUCAUCAUCACCCAGUGCCUGCAAAAGAAGACGGAUAGGCUACGUGACGCUCUGCGCACUGGUAUGGCUAUGAUCAAGGAGAUGUCAGCAGGUGGAGAGUCAGCCCGUUCUGAAGCAUCCCUGAUCGAAGUUUUUGAACGUGCUAUCUCACGACUUGACGCCACAGCUGAUCCCUCCGGCCGAGAAACUGACUACUCGCGGUUCAAGAAAUGGGAAUUGCUCUGGAAGAAUGACGUGCCUCUUCAGGACUUCAGGCAAGAAGAAUCACCCGAGACUUCCUUGCCGCUACCUCAAAAUCCAAAUGCAUUUUGGAGAGGAAGCACAAGCGCGACUGCUCGACCUGGUAUGCCAACGAUGCAGGCUCCGAGCCCUUUUGUGGGAAUGGAUACCAAUUUUCCCUCGGUACCCCAGGUUAUGGACGAGUUUUCUACGCUCUUUGGAUACGGUUUCGGUCCUAGUCCUGACAGUAUGGCUGGCACAGCUAACGGGGGCAUGUGGAUGGGCCCAUGAAAUUCCACGCAUGCCUCUUUCAAGUCGAUUACUCCACGUUCUUGAAGGAGAGUGAAGGAUAUAUCACAAGUCGUUCGGGCAUGUUCCAUUGCUGUGGCUGUUCAGCUGAGAUGCCGAGAAAGCAUGCCAUCGGAGUAUCAGACUUGCCCAACCCACCUACCCAGAGUCAGCAUAGCUCUGCUACGGAACAAUAUUCUGCGGAGGGCUCGGAUAACAACAGGACUGCUGGUUUGGGGUACAGCAGAACUUCCGGUGUUUGCUCGCAGUACCAUAGCAAUCUUGGCUUUGUUGUACAUUAUGAAAUUUAAGGCCAUUGCCUCACUCUUCGGACACCAUGACCUCAACAGCUGUCUUCGGUUUUGCCCUGCCAAGUCAGUUUCAAGAGAACGGAAAUGAAAUAGCAAACACGGGGGCUGGAACGCCACUGCUUGGAAAGUAUGAGGAAACACAAUCGUAUUUUUCUUUCUUUCUUGAUUAACCAAUGCCACUGGUUUUAAUCUAAAACUCGUUAGAUUUCUCAAAUUGCCUUGAGUACUACAGCCAAUUGCCACGAGAGGGCUUUGACUGAGAACAUCAAACUCAACGGUGGUGAACGACAGUUUGUAUUGGCGCAAAACCAGAAAGAAAGAGAUCAACCUGGCGAAAAGCCAGUGCACACUCUCACAUACCAAAAGUGAAUGCUCUAGUUAUUCACACCGAUACCAUUGAACGUCGUUCAAAUCCGACAGCCCACUUCUAUAUCCAACAGCAAUCAAAGCCCAAUUACUAGAAGUGGAAGAAAGAUGGAGAUGUUUAUGGCGGCAAGACAAGCAUCAUCAUAGAUUAGGCUGAUAAAUAAACUACUGUUACAAAUUCCGUACCCGUACACGAAACCGCCAUGGUAAUAUGCAUCUUUUCCACUGUUGGUUCUUAAACCAGCCCAUUUGUACAGGGAAAUGGCUGCUCUAGGCACGCUGUGUCUGUCGCUUCUGAGAUCUGCGCAUCUCCUUCUCCCUCUCCUUCUCGAGGUAUCGCUUUUGCGCCUUGGCAUCGAGACCCUUGAGCUCAGCAUCGCGCUUAGCCUUGCGGGCCUUCUCCUUCUCAAGAAGGAGUUCCUCUUGGCGUUGGCUCUCAGCGGUCUUCUUAAGCUCACUGAUGGCAUGCUCACGGGUGCUGCGGACUUUCUUGGAAACCUCAGGGCGGAAAUGAGCAACCUUGACAAGGACAUCGGGAAGCUGGAGAAAGUGCGAGAAGAGAGGCAGAAGAUUAUCGUAAUUGCCAUCGGAAGGGAGGGCGUACUUCAGGAAGAGUCGCUUGCGGGGAGUCGUCUCCUCAAGGGUAGCGGGCUUGUCAACAGGCUGAUCGGAGAUAAUUAGGUACUCGAACAGGUCGCCAGCGGCUUCAACAGCGGCAAUGAGCUCAGGAGUAAGGAGUGUGUCAGUGAUCUCGGCGCUCUCGCUCAUGACAGUGAGCCAAGCGGGAAGCUUAGGGUUAUCCUUGGUGAAAGUGAGAGACACAUCGUAUCGGUCGUCGCGGACGCGACGCAUGACGUCCUUGUGCACAACACCCCAAACAAAACCAUCGUAGGUGCUCUUAGCAUCCUUGGCGCGGAUUUCAGAAGCACCAGGAGCAGAGGGAACUGUAAGACUCUCCUUGCCAUCAAAGGGGUAGGUCAGAACCUCGACGGCAUCCUUAGGCGCAUCAACAGUCUCGACGAAAAAGCUUGCGACAUGCUCGAAGCCAUUGACAAUGGGGUU